GGACUUUGGCAGCUAAAAAAAUGGAUGGGGUUUGCGGAUCGGGAAGCGGAGCAAAACCGUCGGCCGAAGUUGAUUUGCGUUUGCGCGGCUGUUCAAUUCAACAGAACAACCUCGUUGACUUUUGACUCGUGGGGGAGGUUCGUGAUCUUGAAGGGUCUUGAGCAAAUUACUGUUUAUGGUUUUCUAAAGUCUUCGUUUCUUGCGGAGCUAUCGAUUGUUGCUUGGUUGGAGAGAAGAAGUCAACUCCGCCAGGUCCCGUUUUCCUCAGCUUGAGACGAAUCGACAGCAGAAACAAAUCCCCCGGGGAGCUUCGCGUGUCUAUUAUUCUGUUCUAUUUACCUCUCACAAUGGCUACCGCUUCAGCAUCGCAGGGCACGACCCCUAAUGCCCCAGGACCGCAACUCAAUCUCCGCAACCCCGUCCCCCUCUCCGCGGCGCAGGAACAACAAGUCAAAGAGCUGUACCAUAAGCGAGUGAGGGGAUACUGCGCGAAGGAAAUCAAGGAAUUCGCCCAGUGCGCCGUCAACCGCACCGUGACUGCAACAUGGGUCUGUCGCCAACAACGCCUCGCCAUGAACGCCUGCAUGCUCGAGCACGCGAAGCCUGAAGAGGAAGAUCGCGCGAGAGAAGAGUGGUUCUUGAAAAGGGAGGAACGACGUCGUGAGAAAGAGCAGGAGCUGGCUGCGGUCGAGAAGAGACGUCUAGAGGUCAUUCAGAUGAUGAGGGAGGAUCAGGAAAGGAGGAGGAAGUUGAGAGAGCAGGAAUUGCAGCAGAAGAGAUGA